GUUCACCUGCAACGUCAAUCAAGAUGGCUGCCGCCAUGGAAGAAUUUGAACACCAAUUUGCUGCUGUUUCAGCAGAAAUCACAUCGAAAAUCAACAAAAUUCCUAUCCUGAGUGGAAAUGACAAGAAACAGUUGGCUAGUUCUGCAGAAAAACAGGUAGAUGAGGCUCAUGAAUUGUUGGAGCAGAUGAACAUUGAAAUUCGCAACAUUCCGUCCGCAGAACGACAGAAGUUUACCACCAGGUUAAAAAGCUACCAAACUGAGCUUAACCGAUUGGAAAAAGAUCUUCGACGAUCAAAGGUGGCUUCCAGAGAUGAUGGUGCUAGGGAAGAGUUACUAGGUAUGGAUGAUUAUAGGAACUCGGAAGAUCAGAAAACGAGACUACUUGACAACACAGAGAGACUUGAGAGGACAUCAAGAAAGCUAGAUGCAGGAUACAGGAUGACAAUAGAAACCGAACAACUUGGGCAAGAUAUCAUGGACAACCUUCAUAGAGAUCGGGAGAAGAUUGACAGAUCUAGAAAUAGGUUACGUGAUAUGGAUUCAAAUGUCGGGCAAAGCUCAAGAGUACUCAGUGCAAUGAUGCGUAGGAUCCUUCAAAACCGUCUAAUCAUGCUGUUCCUAGGCCUCAUCAUCCUCUCCGUCAUCAUCCUCACCAUCUAUUUCAUCGCAAAGAAAUGAUGACGGCUUCUCCUAGGUUUGUCCUGCCCCUUUCCUGCCUUUGAGGAGCGAAGUAAGGUGAACAUGGAGCAUUUCGGGUAGGUGUGCAAUCGAGGCCUCCAUUCCAGUCCAUUACUAGGUAGCCAGUCCGUAGUAUUGUGCAUUCACAUGUGUUAGAGUGAGAUAUCUAUGUGCAGGAUAUUGUUGCUAGAGAGCCAGUCUAUGUUGCAUGUCUUUGUUCACGAAGCAGUUGAGGUUCUUCAAGAUAUGGUUGAUUCUCUGCUGUGGCAAUCAUUGGAUGAACAGGAUAUUGUUAGAUACCAUGGCCCAUAUUCUGAAGUCGGGUUUAACUUAAACUCAGGCUUAAAGUUGUGGUUUAAGUAUGGAAAGCCAAAAG